CGCCCUCUGGGUAGCCGACAGAACCUCUCGCAGAGCCUUCCUGGUCGGAGCGGCGAGCACGCGUGAGAGUUGGGGGUGUACGCGCGACGCUCUCGGCCUUUGCCGGGAGAGGCCGGCAGCAGGAUGGCUGAGGAGGAGGUCCAGGGCCGCCUGUGGCUGGAGAGCCCCGCUGGGGGAGCUCCUCCCAUCUUCCUGCCUUCAAACCGGCAGGCUCUGGUCCUGGGCCGGGGUCCCCUCACCCGUGUUACGGACCGGAAGUGCUCCAGAAACCAAGUGGAGCUGGUUGCAGACCCUGAGACCCGGACAGUGGCUGUGAAACAGCUGGGCAUUAACCCUUCAACUGCUGGAACCCAGCAGUUGAAACCAGGGUUGGAGGGCUCUCUGGGGGUGGGGGACACACUAUAUUUGGUCAAUGGCCUCCACCCACUGACCCUGCGCUGGAAAGAGACCCAUACAUCAGGAUCCCAGCCAGAUACUCCGCCUGGCACCUCUCCAGUAGCUUCAGAUGAAGAGCAGGAGAAGGAUGCUAAGCAGCAGAAAAAGCGCUUAAGGAAGUCAUCCCCUGGCUGGGAGAGCUUGGAGAAGCUGCUAGUGUUCACAGCACCUGGGGUGAAGCCUCGGGGCAAGGUAGCUGCCUUUGAUUUGGAUGGGACCCUCAUCACCACCCGCUCUGGGAAGGUGUUUCCCACUGGCCCCAGUGACUGGAGGGUCUUGUACCUAGAGAUUCCACGCAAGCUGAAGGAGUUGGAAGCAGAAGGCUACAAGCUGGUGAUCUUCACCAACCAGAUGGGCAUUGGACGAGGGAAACUGCCAGCAGAGGAGUUCAAGGCCAAGGUGGAGGCUGUGGUAGAGAAGCUGGGGGUUCCCUUUCAGGUGCUGGUGGCUACACAUGCAGGCCUGUAUCGGAAGCCGGUGACUGGCAUGUGGGACCAUCUGCAGGAGCAGGCCAACGAGGGCGUGCCCAUCUCUAUGGGGGACAGCAUCUUCGUGGGAGAUGCAGCAGGCCGCCCAGCCAACUGGGCCCCUGGCCGUAAGAAGAAAGACUUUUCCUGCGCUGACCGAUUGUUUGCGCUCAACCUUGGCCUGCCCUUCGCCACCCCGGAGGAGUUCUUCCUUAAGCAGCCCACAGCAGCCUUUGUCCUCCCAGCAUUUGACCCGAGGACUGUCUCCUGCUCAGGGCCUCUCUGCCUCCCAGAGUCCAGCUCCCUCCUGAGCUCUGACCCAGAGGUGGUUGUCGCCGUGGGAUUCCCUGGGGCUGGGAAGUCCACCUUCCUCAAGAAACAUCUCGUGUCAGCUGGGUACGUCCACGUGAACAGGGAUACGAUAGGCUCCUGGCAGCGCUGUGUGAGCACCUGUGAGGCAGCUCUGAAGCAGAGGAAACGCGUGGUGAUCGACAACACAAAUCCAGACAUCCCGACCAGGGCCAGGUAUGUCCAGUGUGCCAGGGAUGCAGGUGUUCCCUGCCGUUGUUUCCUCUUCACUGCCACAUUGGAGCAGGCUCGCCACAACAACCGGUUCCGGGAGAUGACUGGCUCCUCUCACACACCAGUGUCAGAUGUCGUCAUAUUCGGCUACAGGAAACAGUUUGAAGCUCCUACGGUGGCGGAAGGCUUCUCUGCAAUCCUGGAGAUCCCAUUCCAGCUGCAGCUAGAGCCGCAACUAGAGCGACUCUACCGGCAGUUCUCUGAGGGCUGAGUUGCCCAGCCCCAUGCUCCCCUCCCUGACCUGGCAAUAAAUGCUAUUUUUCUCCAA